AUGAGUUCAGCUUGUGGCUCGACCCGCGAACACAUCCGUUUACAGAGAGAAUUACAGGAUAUAAAGAAGGCAAUAAUUGACAAUGUGUCGGCGUAUGUCGUAGAUGGCGAUAUUUACCACUGGAUAGGAUAUAUUAAGGGACCAAUCGGUACGGUGUAUGAGGAAGGACAUUUUAAUUUGGACAUUCAUAUACCUGAAGAUUAUCCAUAUAACCCGCCGAAGAUAAAAUUUCUGACCAAAAUUUGGCACCCUAACAUUUCAAGCGAAACCGGGGCCAUAUGUUUAGACAUUCUAAAAAAUGAAUGGAGCCCCGCACUCACCAUUAGAACCGUAUUGAUAUCAAUUCAAGCUCUGCUUUCCGCACCUGAACCUGAUGACCCACAAGAUGCUGAAGUUGCCAAGAUGUACUUGAGGGAUAUAAAGGAAUUUGAAAACACAGCAAGGUUAUGGGUCAAGACUUUUGCAAGAAAAAACGACGAACAACAUGAUGAUAAGAUAAACAAAAUUGUAGAAAUAGGGUUUACCCGAGAACAGGCAGAGAAAGCAUUAUCGGUUAACAAUUGGGACGAGACUAUUGCACUCAACUAUCUUCUGGAGUCCACAUGA